CCACAAUGGAUUCUGAACAGCCGCCUCAUUCUGUCUUCGACACCAUCCUGGUGCUGGAUUUUGGUAGCCAGUACUCGCAUUUGAUCAUCCGAAGAGAGAGCUCAAUGUCUACUCUGAGAUGGUUCCUUGCACCCAAAGGCUAGCCGACCUAACCUGGAAGCCCAAGGGUGUUAUUCUCUCCGGCGGUCCCUAUUCGGUCUAUGAACAAGAUGCUCCGCACGUCGAUCCCGCCUUCUUGGACCUAGGUGUCCCCAUUCUCGGUAUUUGCUACGGCAUACAGGAACUCGCAUACCGCCUGGACAAAGCAAAUGUGACCGCCGGAAUUGCGAGAGAGUACGGCCAUGCAGACCUCAGCGCAAAGCGGCUUGAUGACCAGGGACACGUCGACCGCUUAUUCUCCGGCAUCAAAGAUAACACAAAAGUGUGGAUGAGUCAUGGCGACAAGCUAGUAAAGCUCCCUGAGGGCUUCCAUACCAUCGCUACUACUGCAAACUCGGAGUAUGCCGGUAUUGCCCACGAGACCAAGCCCAUCUACGGGAUCCAGUUUCACCCAGAAGUCACUCACACUCCCGAUGGCACUCACCUCCUCAAGAACUUUGCCGUGGAUAUCUGCGGUGCUGCACAGAAUUGGACAAUGGCCAAAUUUGUCGACCAAGAAAUCACCCGGAUCCGCAAACUAGUCGGGGAAACCGACCACGUCCUCGGCGCCGUCAGCGGAGGUGUCGAUUCGACAGUUGCCUCCAAGUUGAUGAAAGAGGCCAUCGGAGAUCGUUUCCAUGCCGUACUCGUGAACAACGGGUGUAUGCGCCUGAACGAAUGCGAGCAGGUUCAUGAGACCUUGGGAAAGCAUUUAGGUAUCAACCUGACUGUAGUCGAUGCUUCGAAACAGUUCCUGGAUGCCCUCAAGGGGGUCACAGAUCCAGAAAGGAAACGGAAGAUCAUUGGUGGAAAGUUUAUCGAUGUCUUUGAGGCAGAGGCCUUGAAGAUUGAGGCCGGAGUCAAACAUACUGGUGCAAAGGUCAAGUGGUUCCUUCAGGGGACCCUUUACCCAGAUGUCAUUGAGUCUCUUUCUUUCAAGGGUCCUAGUGCAACAAUCAAAACACACCAUAACGUUGGAGGGCUGCCAAAGAGAAUGCAAGAAGGUGCUGGUUUAAAACUCAUUGAGCCCCUUCGAGAGCUUUUCAAAGAUGAAGUGCGUCAGUUAGGAAGGGAGCUCGGUAUCCAUAACGAUUUAGUGAUGAGACAUCCGUUCCCGGGCCCUGGAAUUGCAAUUCGUGUCUUGGGCGAAGUCACUCCUGAGCGCGUUGAGAUCGCCAGGAGAGCUGAUCACAUUUUCAUUUCCAUGAUCCGUGAGGCGGGUCUAUAUGAUAAGAUCGCUCAAGCGUACGCCGCUUUGGACCCAACCAAGGCUGUUGGUGUCAUGGGCGAUAAACGAGUUCACGCCGAGAUGAUCGUUCUAAGAGCCGUUGAGACCUCAGACUUCAUGACAUGUACAGCAUAUCCAUUCCCUCACGAAUUCCUUUCUAGAGUGUCGACACGGAUUAUCAAUGAAGUACAUGGUGUUUCCCGAGUGCUAUACGACAUUUCAUCCAAGCCUCCCGCAACCAUCGAGAUGGAAUAGUUGAAUCUAGGUAUGAGAUCAGUUGGAUUAGUACUCAAUGGCGAUAUGGCGCAUUAUAUCAAGCAAAGAUGCAUAAAAGUAUAAAAGCAUAAAAGUGACAGUAUCACUUCGUACAUACAUAUAACUAUACAUCACAUGUACC